UUCGUUGCCUACAAAUUUAGACUCGCAUUUUCCAUCUCUCUUAUCUCUCCUGUCUAAACCCUCGACAUAAAUCUUCUUCGCAUCUUCUCUUUAAAUCGAUCUCGUUGUCCUGUUGACGCUUGGCGGUGCUUUUCAAGAGCUCGGCUGUCCGAUCAAAUCCGUGUAAUGCAGUGAUCAUCGCACGGCACUCGCGUCCCAUCGCCUCUCAGGGAUGGCCGAAAUCGGCAAACUCGUCGAGGUCGUCUUCGAUGACAAGGCAUCGAGCGAUCUUUCUCAGAGGCUCCGCUCCGAUUCCUCGCUCAAGCUAGGGUUGGAGAAGUUCUACUCGAUCCUCAAACUCGCCGUCGAAGCGGUCGGAGUAAAUGGAGAAUUAGGGUUCCAAGGUUGGGAACAGUCUCAGGUUCAUGCCAUCGGAUCCUUAGCUUACGCGAUUGCUUGCGCCACUCGAUCUCUCUCAGUCGAGCAAGCCGAGCCUAUAAUUAUCGCGGUAGUGCAGCAGUCGCUGGAAUUUGCAAUUUGUUAUUUGGAGAAGUCCGUUUGUGGAAGUGAUGAAUUGACUGUUCAGAAUGUUAUGGUACAGACGUUGGAAAUAACAUUGAUUGGUGCUAUGUGCAAAGAGUCAGAUAUCCUGCAGGCUUGCUUUGUGAAGACACACUUAGACUCUCUGUUACCUUUUACUGCUGGGAUUACAAAUUUUGACUUAGUUGACCAUGUUAGAUGCAUGUUUCAAGGGGGAAAGUGCUCAAAGGAAGAGAAACUGGUUGAUCGGCUUCUGGUGACAUUAGCUGCGGAGUGCAUGCAACCUGGCAAUAUGACUCAGCAGAUUGUGGGCUCUGCUUCUCACCAUGAUGUCAACAAGUUGGCUUCUCUUUCUCAACAUUGGGCAGUUGCUCAUUUGAAAUGUGUACAACGGCUGAUUUUGCUAUGCAAAGGGUUGCUUAAGCUUCCUGAUAUUCUUGAUGACAAAAUGGUCUCAACAAAUUCCUGCAAGAGAGUGUCUUUCUGCUCAAGGAUCUUCAAGUUACUUAGAAUUCUUGUGAAAGGUGUCCCCUUUGUUGAAUAUGAUGCCGCAUUGCUGGAAGUUGUUGCUUCGUUUGCUGAUAGUCUGCCUGGUUUGUUCAGGACAGAGUUUGAUUUUGUAAACAGUAAUGUUGCUGGCGAGAGUAGUAUUGAGAGCCUCACAUUGUUGCUUUUGGAAGAGUUUCUUUUACUUGUCCAAGUUGUUUUCUGCAACAACAGUGUAUUUCAGAACAUUCGAGCAUGCAUAACAGCUUCUGUAAUGGGUAAUUUUGAUACUAAUACUUGGAGUUACAGCAGCAAGCAUGCUGUGAGCCAAAGGCUGCCAUUGGCUUAUUUUCCUCGUGUUGUUGGUUACAUGUUGAAACUGAUUCUUGACAUCAAAGAACAAACACACCACACCAUUGACCGGGAGGAAUUUGAGAUGGAAUGCUUUAGAAGCUGUAUUGACUUCCAGAGCAAUAGUGCUGCCUGUCAUGUUAAUUCUGAUAAGAUUUUGUUGCUAAAGAAGCACACAGUUGAGGAACUGUUACGGAUAGUUUUCCCUUCAUCAAUUCAGUGGCUGGGCAAUUUGAUGCAUCUUGUUCUAUUCCUCCACUCAGAAGGGGUAAAAUUAAGGCCGAAUUUGGAGAGGUCACAUUCAAUUGGUACAAAAACAACUUGUACUGCUGAACUGGAAAGUACUAUUAGCCAUGAAGAGGAAGCCCUUUUUGGAGACCUUUUCUCUGAGGGGGGUCGCUCAUUAGGAUCAACUGAUGCAUAUGACCAGCCUACCAUUGCAGUUCCAGUAUCUGACUUCUGCAAUUUGCCAAUUCAAGCUGCUACAGAACUAUUGACCUUUUUAAAAACAUGCAUAUUUUUUCCAGACUGGCAUCCAUCCAUAUAUGAGGAUGGUUGCAAAGAGCUGAAUGUGAGCCAUAUGGAUAUUCUGCUUUCCAUAAUCAACUGUCCAUACCGUUGUUCUGAAGACAGGAUCCCAGAUAGUAUGGCUUUGCAUGAACCGAGGAAGAUAGGGACUAUCCACGAACUUUGCUUUGAACUGUUGCACCAGCUUCUCUUGAGCCAUGCAUUGUCUACUUCACUUGAAGAAUCUCUUGUUGACCAAAUCCUGAGAGUUGAGAAUGGUGCUUUUGUUUACAAUAAUCAGACCUUGACCUUACUAGCUCAUUCUCUUAUAUGUAGGCCAGGUUCAGUUGGUAGUCAGUUGAGAACCAAAAUUUACAGAGUAUAUGUGGAUUUUGUUAAGGAGAAGGAAAAAGCAAUUUACUCGAGCUGUCCUAGCAUCAAGGAACAUCUUGAGUCACUGCCCUCUGUAUAUCACAUUGAGAUUCUUCUUAUGGCAUUCCAUUUGUCUUCAGAUGCUGAAAAGGCAACACUGGCAAACUUGAUACUUUCCUCCCUUGAAGAAAUUGGGUCUCAUUCCACUAGUUUCAACAGUACACAGUUGUCAUGCUGGGCUUUGUUGAUUUCAAGGUUGCUCAUAGUGCUUCGCCAUAUGAUAUAUCACCCUCAUGCUUGCCCUUCGUCAUUGCUUUCGGAAUUCAAAUCCAAGUUGAGGGAUGGCCAGUUUCCCGGACUGCUUCGUUCUGAUAAUAUCAAUGAUUGUUUGUCAUCCUGGGCAUCAGUUGUUAUAGAUAAUUUGAUGGCUACAUCGAUCAGAGAUGUGCCUGUCAACAGCAGCAUGCGUAAUCAACUGAUAGAUAUUGCACCGCUUCCUGCUUCUGUAUUUAGAGAUGAAAAGGUAAUUGACUGCUUAGACUUGCAUUGGGGUGACUUAUGUGUGACCUUGUCUCACAUUAUGGGCUUUUGGAGAGGCAAAAUAGCCAUAACAAUGGAUGAUCUUGUGCUUGAAAGAUAUAUGUUUGUGCUUUGCUGGGAUGUUCCUCCCAUGGAUUCCAUGUUACAGCAUCUGCUUCACUUUUGGAGUAGCAUACAUACUCUGGACACCUCAAAUGUGGAACAUUUCUUCUGCUUUAGCCACUCACUCUUAGGUCCCUGUGGUGCUAUUGCUGAGCACGUUAACUUUUCAGAGAUGGUUUUCUCUGUACUUCAGUCUUUGCAUGAUGUACACAUGUCAGGGGAAUUUGUGGAGCUAGGAUGGGAUUUUAUGAGGAACAGCUUGUGGCUCUCUCUAAUAUUGUCCACAUUUACUGUUGGAGUGUGGAGAUAUUGCAUGAAGAAUUCAAUCACUUUGGCAGGUCCAAUGUGGUCAGAACAGACUUCCAGUGAUGAUGAGUUUCUUACUCUUUCUGAAGGCCUUGCUUCUAGGAUAUUUGGUUCUAAUCAAGUUUUAGUAUUAGUGAGAAUAUUGUCAUCUUUGCUGAAUAAAUACCUGUGGGUUUAUGAGAAGUCUUUCCUUUCUGCCUUUGAUGAUAGCCACAUUUCUCCCGAUAGGUUUUCACCAUUAUUACUUUUGAAGUAUACUGGACUUGACAAAUGCAUGCAGGAUGAGCUCAUUGAGAAGUCUGGAAUUAGUUCAAGUCAGCUGGAGUCUGUUUAUGAUCUUUUGUCGAAGUUAGAUGGAACCAUUGACAAACUGUCUUCAGGAAUCCGGUCCAAGGUUUUUUGGGAAUGUCUGUUGCAUGGUGUUCCCCCUCCUUCUCAAAAUCCAACUGUUAGUCUUAGUUCUUGCAUUCUUAGCAUUAGAGGGAUUGUCAUCUUUUUAUCUGGGCUGCUCGCUAUUGGAGAUGCUAGAAGAGAGAUCUCUAUGGAGACCAACUUACUCAGAGAAAUCUUUGAAUCUGUUACGGUAAUCAAAUAUGAUAAGAUUUUUGAGAGCCUUCAUGGUAAAUGUGAAUCUGUUUACCACAGCUUGAGUGAAGGCUUGGAAGGUCCUGAUUAUAGCUGUUUAUUUGAAUUGAAGCACCUGGAAAAUUUUUUGCGGGAUAUCAAUUCAAAAGAAUCAAAAGAAGUCAAUGGUAGCAGUGUCCUUGAAUGGACAGUUAACAGGGUUAUUGAUACCAUGGAAAACCUAAAGAAGGAUCCUUCAAGAGUUGCUGUUUUCAGAUUUUUCCUCAAUGUGCAAGAUGAUCCGUCUGCACAAGUCAAAGACCUGUAUGAUUCACAACAUGGUGAUUUAUUGGUUCUGAUUGAUUCAUUGGACAAAUGCAACUGUGAACCAGUAAAUGUAAAAGUUCUUAAUUUCUUCGCUGAUCUUGUAUCAGGGGAGAUGUGUCCUGGGAUUAAACAAAAAUUACAUGAGAAAUUCCUUUCCAUGGAUUCACUUUCGCUCGCAAAGUGGUUAGAAAGGAGACUGUUGGGUUUGACAACAGAAACUUCAGGCAAGAAAAGUACAAAAGGAAGUUCGAUUUCUUUAAGGGAGUCUACCAUGAAUUUUAUAAUGUGCCUUCUUCUAUCCGCCUCUCCUGAACUGCGUGCAAGAGAUCUGCACUGCCAUUUCUUUGAAGCAAUGCUGGUUUCACUUGAUAAUGCUUUUCUGCUAUUUGAGACUCAUACAACAAAAUCCUAUUUCAAUUCUCUUGUUCAACUUUCAGGAGGUGAGGCAUCAAUGAAAUCCCUUCUGCAGCGGAGUCUGAUGUUGAUGAAGAGGCUGGUUGAUGAUGACCAUUUACUUCAAGGCCUUAAAUUUCUCCUAGGCUUUCUUGGUACAAUUUUAAGUGACUGUGGGUCUAGUAAGACUGCCAUUGAAAACUCUAUUGGAAAGUCUCUAUCUAGCAAUCGUUCUGGUUUGCGGGCCAAUGUGGGCUCCGGAUCCUUAAGUUCAAGGAAAAAUUCUGAUGCUUUGGUUCUUUCUGCUAAUCAGGAAGGCGGGUCCACUCCGCUUGAAGGUGAUGCAACCUCUGCAGAUGAAGAUGAGGAUGAUGGUACAUCAGAUGGUGAGGUGGUUAGCAUGGAUAAAGAUGAGGAUGAGGAUUCCAAUAGUGAAAGGGCUCUUGCUUCUAAAGUUUGCACUUUUACAUCCAGUGGCAGCACUUUUAUGGAGCAGCAUUGGUAUUUUUGCUAUACAUGUGAUCUGACUGUGUCAAAAGGUUGUUGCUCUGUAUGUGCAAAAGUUUGUCACCAUGGUCACCGUGUUGUAUAUUCCCGAUCUAGUCGCUUUUUUUGUGAUUGUGGAGCUGGAGUUGUUAAGGGCAGCAGUUGCCAGUGCUUGAAGCCUAGGAAAUUUUCUUCUAGUAAUGGUGCACUCGAUUCUAGCACUGGCAGUUUUCAGUCCUUUUUACCCUUUACAGAGGCUGCUGAUCAGCUUCCUGAUAGUGAUUCAGAUAUUGAUGAAGACUUUCUUAUUGACAUUGAUAGCUCUGUUAGGUUUUCUAUUCCAGCAGAGGCUCAAGAUGGGAUUCCGUCGAUACUUGAAGAGCUUGAUGUUGAAGGUCAGGUCCUUGAACUUUGCUCUUCUUUGUUGCCUUCUAUAACAAGUAGACGAGAUUCUAACCUUUCAAAAGAUAAAAAGAUUAUGCUUGGCAAUGAUAAAGUGUUGAGUUAUGGUGUUGAUCUUUUUCAACCGAGGAAGGCAUAUAAGAGUGGGUCGUUAGACCUCAAGAUUAAAGCAGAUUAUUCUAGUUCCAGGGAACUUAAAUCCCACUUAGCUUGUGGCUCUCUUGUUAAAUCUUUACUUAGUGUCAGCACUCGAGGUCGACUUGCUGUUGGAGAAGGUGACAAAGUGACCAUAUUUGAUGUUGGACAGCUGAUUGGGCAAGCAAGUAUUGCACCUGUCACUGCUGACAAAGCCAAUGCAAAGCAUCUCUCCAAGAAUGUUGUUCGCUUUGAAAUUGUACAUCUUGUCUUUAACCCUGUGGUGGAGAAUUAUCUUGCUGUGGCAGGCUAUGAGGAUUGCCAGGUCCUUACUGUCAAUCAUCGUGGUGAUGUAACUGAUCGUCUAGCCAUUGAACUUGCUUUGCAAGGUGCUUAUAUCAGGCGUAUGGAUUGGGUUCCUGGAUCACAGGUUCAACUAAUGGUGGUUACCAACAGGUUUGUCAAAAUAUAUGAUCUUUCUCAGGACAACAUUAGUCCUAUGCAUUACUUCACUUUGUCUGAUGACAUGAUUGUGGAUGGAACACUUGUUGUGGCCUCCCAGGGAAGGAUGUUUCUUGUAGUGCUUUCAGAACUUGGUUUCUUAUUUAGGCUAGAACUGUCAAUGAAAGGAAAUGUUGGAGCCAAACCAUUGAAGGAACUGAUUCGAAUUCAGGACAAAGAUGUGCUUGUGAAGGGCUCAUCUUUGUACUUCUCAUCAACUUAUAAGUUACUUUUUCUUUCUUACCAAGAUGGAACCUCCUUGAUUGGCCAUUUAAAUCCUGAUGCAACCUCCCUUACUGAAAUAGCAAUUGUGUCUGAGGACGAACAGGAUGGGAAGCUUGGAGCAUCUGGGUUGCAUCGUUGGAGAGAAUUGCUGGUUGGCAGUGGGUUAUUUGUUUGUUUCUCAACUAUAAAAUCAAAUUCUGCCCUUGCUGUUUCCAUGGGGGAGCAUGAGAUAUUUGCCCAGCACUUAAGGCAUCCAGCAGGUUCAGCCUCCCCUUUGGUCGGUGUAACUGCUUACAAGCCAUUAUCCAAAGACAAAAUUCACUGUCUUGUUUUGCAUGAUGAUGGAAGCCUCCAGAUAUAUUCACAUGUCCCUGUUGGGGCUGAUACUAGUACAAGUGCAAUGUCGGGUAAAGUGAAAAAAUUGGGUUUUGAUAUUCUUAAGAAUAAAGCUUAUGCUGGUUCAAAUCCAGAAUUCCCACUUGAUUUUUUUGAAAAAACAGUAUGCAUAACUGCAGAUGUGAAACUGAGUGGUGAUGCCAUCAGGAAUGGAGAUUCUGAAGGAGCUAAGCAAAGCUUGGCAUCUGAGGAUGGUUUUCUAGAGAGUCCCAGCCCUGCAGGAUUUAAGAUCACUGUUUCAAAUUCAAAUCCUGACAUAGUCAUGGUUGGUUUCCGUAUCCAUGUGGGUAAUACAUUAGCAAAUCAUAUACCUUCUGAUGUUACCAUCUUCCAGAGAGUGAUAAAAUUUGAUGAAGGCAUGCGGUCUUGGUAUGAUAUCCCAUUCACAGUUGCUGAAUCACUUCUUGCUGAUGAGGAAUUUACAAUCUCUAUUGGACCAACCUUCAAUGGCUCCACGUUACCAAGAAUAGACUCACUAGAAGUUUAUGGUCGAGCUAAGGAUGAGUUUGGAUGGAAGGAGAAGAUGGAUGCAGUGUUGGACAUGGAAGCUCGUGCCCUUGGUUGUAAUUCCUUAUCUGCAGGAUCUAGGAAGAAGGGUUGUAUUGUCCAAUCUGCUCCAGUUCAGGAGCAAGUGGUAGCAGAUGGCCUGAAGCUUUUGUCUAGGUUCUAUUCAUUAUGUAGGCCACAAGAGUGCUCAAAAGUUGAUGAUGUUAAACUGGAACUCAGAAAGCUCAAGUGUAAGCAGUUAUUGGAGACAAUAUUUGAAAGUGAUAAAGAGCCUCUGUUGCAAGCUGCUGCUUCUCGUGUCUUGCAGGCUGUGUUCCCAAAAAGGCAGAUGUAUCUUCUAGCCAAGGACACCAUGCGCCUUCUUGGAGUUGUGAAAUCUACCACCAUGCUCUCUUCAAGGCUUGGAGUUGGUGGUACCACAGCAGGGUGGAUUAUUGAAGAGUUCACAGCUCAAAUGCGUGCAGUUUCUAAGAUUGCGUUGCACCGCCGAUCAAACUUGGCCAAUUUUCUGGAGACUAAUGGUUCUGAAGUGGUGGAUGGUCUUAUGAAAGUAUUAUGGGGAAUUUUGGACAUAGAGCAGCCUGACACACAAACUAUGAACAAUAUUGUUAUAUCCUCUGUGGAACUAAUUUACUGUUAUGCUGAGUGUCUUGCUCUGCAUGGGAAAGAUGCUGGAAGGCAAUCUGUUGUCCCUGCCGUUACAUUAUUCAAGCAACUUCUGUUCUCCUCAAAUGAGGCUGUCCAGACGUCGAGCAGCUUGGCCAUCUCUUCACGGUUACUUCAGGUGCCAUUUCCAAAGCAAACUAUGUUAGGUACUGAUGAUGCAGUGGAGAACAUAGCUCCUAUUUCAGUGCCUGCUGAAGUGACAACUUCAGCUGGUGGAAAUUCACAGAUCAUGGUUGAAGAAGACUCUAUGACAUCAUCUGUCCAGUACUGUUGUGAUGGCUGUUCCACUGUUCCUAUACUUAGGAGGAGAUGGCAUUGCACUAUUUGCCCUGAUUUUGAUUUAUGCGAGACAUGUUAUGAAGUGCUAGAUGCAGACCGGCUUCCGCCACCACACACUAGAGAUCAUCCUAUGUCAGCAAUCCCCAUAGAAGCAGAAACAUUAGGUGGAGAUGGCAAUGGAAUUCACUUCUCUGCAGAUGAUUUAAGUGAGUCAAGAUUGUUGCCAGUUGCAGCUGAAGUCAGUGCACAGAACUCUACACCAUCAAUUCAUGUGCUAGAACCCAAUGAAUCUGGAGAGUUCACCUCAGUGGUUGACCCUGUUACUAUUUCAGCAUCAAAAAGGGCUGUAAAUUCUUUACUUCUUUCUGAACUUCUCGAACAGCUGAAAGGAUGGAUGGAUAUCACCUCUGGGGUUCAAGCUAUUCCUGUAAUGCAACUCUUCUACAGAUUGUCAUCUGCCAUAGGUGGACCUUUUGUUGACAGCUCAAAGCCAGAAAGUUUGGAUUUGGAGAAAUUAGUAAAAUGGUUUUUGGAUGAGAUCAAUCUCAACAAACCUUUUCCAGCCAAAAGUCGUUCUUCUUUUGGGGAAGUUGCUAUUCUUGUUUUCAUGUUCUUUACUCUGAUGUUACGUAAUUGGCAUCAGCCUGGUGCUGAUGUUUCAGUGUCAAAAUCAAGUGGAGCAACAGAUAUACAUGAUAAAAGCAUCACCCAGAUUCCACCUUCCAGUUCGGUUGCUGCCUCAUCUUCAUUGGACGAUCAAGAGAAAAAUGACUUUCUUUGUCAGUUGCAUCGAGCUUGUACUUACCUUAGGCAGCAAGCUUUUGUCAAUUAUCUAAUGGAUAUUCUGCAACAGCUGGUGCAUGUUUUUAAGUCGCAAACUGUCAACUUUGACACUGGACACGGUCUGAACCCUGGUUCAGGUUGUGGGGCUUUGCUAACAGUCAGAAGAGAGCUACCAGCAGGUAAUUUUUCCCCAUUCUUUUCGGAUUCAUAUGCUAAAUCACAUCGCACAGACAUGUUUGUGGACUACCAUAGGCUACUGCUAGAGAAUGCUUUCCGCCUGGUUUAUAGUUUGGUUAGACCAGAAAAGCAUGACAAAUAUGGGGAGAAGGAGAAGGCAUUCAAGAUUUCUUCUGGAAAGGACUUGAAAUUAGAUGGGCAUCAGGAUGUUCUCUGCAGUUACAUCAAUAACCCCCAUACAACUUUUGUGAGAAGGUACGCGAGGAGGCUUUUUCUGCAUCUAUGUGGUAGCAAAACUCACUAUUACAGUGUCCGAGACUCUUGGCAGUUUUUGAGUGAAGUUAAGAGGCUCUUCAAAUACAUAAGCAAAUCUGGUGGCUUCCAAAAUACCAUCCCAUAUGAGAGGAGUGUCAAGAUAGUUAAAUGCUUGUCUACCGUAGCUGAAGUAGCUGCUGCACGACCUCGCAACUGGCAGAAGUAUUGUUUGAGGCAUGGAGAUGUCAUUCCAUUUCUGAUGGACGGGUUAUUUUAUUUUGGUGAGGAAUCUGUAAUUCAAACUCUUAAACUUCUGAAUUUGGCCUUUUAUACUGGAAAGGACAUUAGCCAAUCUUUACAGAAAGCUGAAGUGGGGGAUACAAGUUUGAACAAAUCAGGAAUGCCAUCUGUGGACUCAAAGAAGAAGAAGAAAGGAGAAGAUGGAUGUGAACCUGGUUCAGAGAAGUCUUAUUUAGAUAUGGAACCACUUGUAGAUAUCUUCACUGCAAAGGGGGGGCAUAUCUUGAGGCAACUCAUUGAUUCUUUUUUAUUGGAAUGGAAUUCAAGUUCUGUGCGAUUGGAAGCCAAAUGUGUUCUCUAUGGCAUCUGGCAUCAUGGAAAGCAGUCGUUCAAGGAAACCAUGCUAAUGGCUCUUUUGCAUAAAGUGAAAUCUUUGCCAAUGUAUGGUCAGAAUAUCAAUGAAUAUGCAGAACUUCUCACCUUCUUGUUGGGGAAGGUCCCUGAUAAUGUUUGGACGCAACAAAGCAAUGAAAUUGUGGACCGUUGCUUAACUUCUGAUGUGAUUAAGUCCAUCUUUGAGACACUUCACUCCCAGAAUGAGCUCUUGGCUAAUCAUCCUAACUCACGUAUAUAUAACACUUUGAGUGGUUUAGUGGAAUUUGAUGGGUAUUAUCUUGAGAGUGAGCCUUGCGUUGCUUGUAGCACUCCAGAGGUGCCUUACAGCAGGAUGAAGCUAGAAAAUUUAAAAUCAGAAACAAAAUUUACUGAUAAUCGCAUCAUAGUGAAAUGUACUGGGAGCUAUACCAUUCAGAGUGUGACCAUGAAUGUUCAUGAUGCUCGUAAGUCCAAAUCUGUUAAAGUUUUGAAUCUUUACUACAACAAUAGGCCUGUGGCUGACUUGUCUGAAUUAAAGAAUAAUUGGUCAUUAUGGAAACGUGCAAAGAGCUGCCAUCUGGCUUUCAAUCAGACCGAGUUAAAAGUAGAUUUUCCCAUUCCAAUCACUGCAUGUAACUUCAUGAUUGAGCUCGAUUCAUUCUAUGAAAAUCUACAAGCUUUAUCUCUUGAGCCAUUGCAGUGUCCCCGUUGUAGUCGACCUGUCACUGAUAAGCAUGGAAUUUGUAGCAACUGCCAUGAGAAUGCAUAUCAAUGCAGACAAUGCCGUAAUAUUAAUUAUGAAAAUUUGGACUCUUUCUUGUGCAAUGAAUGUGGAUAUAGCAAAUAUGGUCGGUUUGAAUUUAAUUUUAUGGCAAAGCCUAGUUUCACUUUUGAUAGCAUGGAGAAUGAUGAAGAUAUGAAGCGGGGAUUGGCUGCCAUAGAAUCCGAAUCAGAGAAUGCUCACAGGAGAUAUCAGCAGCUUUUGGGCUUUAAAAAACCUCUGCUUAAGAUUGUUUCAAGCAUUGGUGAGAAUGAAAUGGAUUCCCAGCAGAAAGAUUCUGUGCAGCAAAUGAUGGUCUCUAUACCUGCAUGUAAGAUAAACCGGAAAAUUGCUCUUCUUGGUGUCCUCUAUGGUGAGAAAUGCAAAGCAGCUUUUGAUUCUGUUAGCAAAAGUGUGCAAACACUUCAAGGGCUGAGGCGGGUAUUGAUGAAUUACUUGCAUCAGAAAAAUUCUGAUAAUGCAGUUACCUCAUCAAGAUUUGUUGUAUCCAGAUUGCCAAACAGUUGCUAUGGCUGUGCUUCUACAUUUGUUACACAGUGCCUAGAAAUACUACAGGUUCUAUCAAAGCACCCAAACUCAAAGAAGCAACUUGUAUCUGCUGGCAUUUUAUCUGAGUUGUUCGAAAAUAAUAUUCAUCAAGGUCCUAAAACUGCUCGUGUCCAAGCUAGGGCUGCACUUUGCGCUUUCUCUGAAGGUGAUGUGGAUGCUGUGACUGAGUUGAAUACUUUGAUACAGAAAAAAGUGUUGUACUGUCUUGAACACCAUCGUUCAAUGGAUAUUGCCCUGGCUACCCGUGAAGAAUUGUUGCUGCUUUCUGAGGUGUGUUCUUUGGCAGAUGAAUUUUGGGAAUCAAGAUUACGAGUUGUCUUCCUGUUGUUAUUUUCUUCCAUUAAAUUGGGUGCAAAGCAUCCUGCUAUUUCUGAGCAUGUUAUUCUUCCUUGCCUGAGGAUUAUAUCUCAGGCAUGUACACCUCCAAAACCUGAUAUGACUGAUAAAGAACAAGGAACAGGGAAACCUGCUUCUGUUUCAGAUGAAAGCAACUUAAAUUCUUCUGUAUCUUCAAGUGGCCUUGUCAGUGGGAGCAAGUCCGCACCAGAAACCUCAGAAAAGAGUUGGGAUGACUGUCAAAAGACUCAAGAUAUGCAGUUGUUAAGCUACUCUGAGUGGGAGAAGGGAGCUUCCUAUCUUGAUUUUGUGAGGCGGCAGUAUAAAGUGUCUCAGGUUGUUAAGGGAGGUCAGAGAUCUCGGUCUCAGCGGAAUGACUACUUGGUUCUGAAAUAUGCUCUUAGAUGGAAGCGGCGUGCUUGUAAGACCAAGAGUGAGGUAGCAUCAUUUGAGCUUGGCUCUUGGGUUACGGAGCUUGUAUUGAGUGCUUCUUGUCAAUCUAUUCGGUCCGAGAUGUGUAUGCUAAUUAGUUUGCUUUGCGGCCAAAGUCCUUCAAGACGGUUCCAGUUGUUGAAUUUGCUCAUGUCAUUAUUACCAGCAACGCUAUCUGCUGGUGAAAAUGCCGCUGAGUAUUUUGAAAUGCUCUUUAAGAUGAUAGAUUCUGAAGAUGCUCGCCUUUUCUUGACUGUUCGUGGAUGCCUCAGUAGAAUAUGCAAAUUGAUUACUCAAGAAGUAUGCAGUGUUGAAUCCUUGGAGAGAAGCUUGCAUAUUGACAUUUCACAGGGUUUUAUUCUUCACAAGCUUAUAGAGCUACUUGGCAAAUAUUUGGAGGUUCCCAAUAUCAGAUCCAGGUUCAUGCAAGAGAAGCUGCUUUCUCAAGUCCUUGAGGCAUUCAUUGUUAUCCGAGGCUUGAUAGUGCAGAAGACAAAGCUGAUUAGUGAUUGUAAUCGGCUUCUGAAGGAUCUUAUAGAUAGUCUUCUGGUUGAGAGCAACGAAAACAAACGGCAAUUUAUAGAGGCCUGCAUUAGUGGUCUGAAAAUCCAUGGAGAGGAGAAAAAAGGACGAACUUCUUUGUUUAUCUUGGAGCAACUCUGCAAUCUGAUCUGCCCAUCAAAGCCUGAGCCGGUAUAUCUUUUGGUUCUGAAUAAGGCUCACACCCAGGAAGAAUUUAUCAGGGGAUCAAUGACCAAGAAUCCUUAUUCCAGUGCCGAGAUUGGACCCCUGAUGCGUGAUGUUAAAAACAAGAUCUGCCACCAGUUGGAUCUUUUAGGUCUUCUUGAAGAUGACUAUGGUAUGGAGUUGCUAGUAGCUGGAAAUAUCAUCUCUCUUGACUUGAGCAUUGCUCAAGUUUAUGAACAAGUUUGGAGAAAGUCAAAUAUCCAUUCCUCAAAUACAACAGCUAGUAAUACCUUACUAUCAUCUAAUGCGAUCACGUCAGCCAGGGAUUGUCCUCCUAUGAUUGUGACUUACCGUCUUCAGGGGUUAGAUGGUGAAGCUACAGAGCCAAUGAUCAAAGAGUUAGAGGAGGACAGGGAGGAAUCUCAGGAUCCAGAGGUUGAGUUUGCAAUAGCAGGUGCAGUCCGAGAGUGUGGUGGGCUGGAAAUUAUUCUGGGCAUGAUUCAGCGAUUGCAAGACGAUUUCAAGUCCAACCAAGAGCAGUUGGUUGCAGUGCUUAAUCUUCUAAUGCUCUGCUGCAAGAUAAGGGAAAACAGAAGGGCUUUAUUGAGGCUCGGGGCUUUAAAUGUACUGCUGGAAACAGCAAGGCAUGCCUUCUCCGUCGAUGCCAUGGAACCAGCUGAAGGCAUUCUGUUGAUUGUGGAGAGCCUAACACUGGAAGCGAAUGAGAGUGACAAUAUUAGCAUCACCCAGAAUGUUCUUACAGUCAGUGGUGGAGAAGCUGGUGCUGGUGAGCAGGCAAAGAAAAUAGUUCUCAUGUUCCUGGAAAGAUUGUGCCAUCCCUCAUCCCUUAAGAAAUCAAAUAAACAACAGAGGAACACCGAAAUGGUUGCAAGGAUCUUGCCUUACUUGACCUAUGGGGAGCCUGCAGCCAUGGAAGCACUCAUCCAACAUUUUGACCCUUACUUACAGGACUGGUGUGAAUUUGACCAGGUCCAGAAACAGCAUGAAGAGAAUCCAAGAGAUGAGACCAUUGCUCAGCAAGCCAUGACACAAAGGUUUGCAAUUGAGAACUUUGUUAGAGUUUCAGAGUCCUUGAAGACAAGUUCAUGUGGUGAGAGAUUGAAGGACAUCAUAUUGGAAAAGGGGAUUACUGGAGUUGCAAUUAGACAUUUGAGAGAGAGUUUUGCAUUUACAGGGCAGACUGGUUUUAGAUCUAGUGCUGAAUGGGCAUCAGGCUUAAAGCUGUUGUCUGUACCACUUAUCAUGUCUAUGCUGAGGGGGUUGUCAACAGGGCACUUGGCCACCCAACAAUGUAUUGAUGAAGGAGGAAUCCUACCGCUGCUCCAUGCCUUGGAGGGUGUCCCAGGAGAAAAUGAAAUUGGGGCAAGGGCAGAGAACUUAUUAGACACUCUCUCAGACAAGGAGGGAAAGGGUGAUGGGUUCCUAGCCAAUAAGGUUCACAAGUUGCGGCAUGCCACACGGGAUGAGAAGAGGCGCCUAGCUUUGAAGAAGAGAGAGAAGAUGCUCCAGGGUCUUGGGUGGCGGCAGGAACUGGCUUCAGAUGGUGGUGAGAGAAUUGUUGUUGCUCGGCCAAUCCUUGAAGGUUUGGAAGAUGUGGAGGAGGAAGAAGAUGGGUUAGCAUGUAUGGUGUGCCGAGAGGGCUAUAGUUUGAGGCCUACUGACUUAUUGGGUGUUUACUCUUAUAGCAAGCGGGUAAACCUUGGUGUUGGUACAUCAGGAAGUGCUCGUGGGGAGUGUGUUUAUACAACAGUUAGCCAUUUCAAUAUUAUACACUUCCAGUGCCAUCAGGAGGCUAAAAGAGCAGAUGCUGCUCUCAGGAAUCCAAAGAAAGAAUGGGAUGGUGCUGCCCUCCGAAAUAAUGAGACACUCUGCAAUAAUCUAUUCCCCUUGCAAGGCCCAUCUGUUCCGGUAGCACAAUACAUUCGUUAUGUUGACUUGUACUGGGAUAACCUCAAUGCCCUUGGACGUGCUGAUGGAAGUCAUCUCCGCUUGUUAACUUAUGACAUCGUAUUGAUGCUCGCCAGAUUUGCAACUGGCGCGUCAUUUAGUGCUGAUAGCAAAGGCGGGGGAAAGGAAAGCAACUCCAAAUUUCUUCCAUUCAUGAUUCAGAUGGCUCGACACCUUCUCGACCAGGGAAAUUCUUCCCAGCGCCAUGCCAUGGCCAAGGCUGUUUCAACCUAUCUGACCUCUUCUGGAUCGGAUUCAAAACCCUCCACUGCUGUGUCUGGAGCACAGCCUUCCGCUGGAACAGAAGAGACUGUCCAAUUCAUGAUGGUGAAUUCCCUUCUUUCAGAAUCUUACGAGUCUUGGCUACAACAUCGGUCUGCCUUCUUGCAACGUGGAAUAUACCAUGCGUACAUGCAGCACAGGUCAACACACCGUACGCCAAGCAGUCAACCAAGCACCGUGAGAUCAUCCGAUUCAGCUAGUACGAGUGGGGGGCCUAGAAAAGAAUCGGGUGGAAUUGAUGAUUUCUUUCCGGUCAUCCAACCAAUGCUGGUAUACACUGGCUUGAUCGAGCAGCUGCAGCGUUUUCUCAAAGCUAAGAAGUCUGGAAAUGCAGCCGCGAAAGAAGGUGAUGAAAGUGGUGGAGGGGGGCCGCCUGGGAAGGAAUCAGGCGGGGAAGAUGAGGGCGGAAAUUUCGAAGGUUGGGAGGUGGUUAUGAGAGAGAGACUUUUGAAUGUGAGAGAGAUGGUGGGGUUAUCCCGGGAACUGCUGUCGUGGCUAGAAGACAUGACUUCUGCCAGUGAUUUGCAGGAGGCUUUCGACGUAAUUGGGGUUUUGGCUGAUGUGCUAUCUGGUGGGUUUGGCCGGUGUGAAGACUUCGUGCAUUCUGCAAUUAAUGGUGGGAAAAGCUGAGAAUUUAGAUGGAGGAGGAGGAGGAGAAAGAGCAAGUUACCUUGUUUAAUACCCCGCCGGUUCCUUGGGGGUAACUAUGAGCCAGCCGCUUCAAUGUUGAUAAUUUUUCAAGUUUUUUUGGUUUUCUCAAUUUCGUUACCAUUCACGAAUCAUGACUGACUUGGUAGUUUGCCUACUCUUUCUUGCUUGGGUGACUUGAAAUGGUUAAAUAUCAAAUUACUGAAUCGGCUCUUAACUUCCAAUGCCAAUGAUGAAUAAUUUAUUAUUCAUUUCGUAAA